UCGAUUUAAGGUUUCAGCAGCUGCACGAGGACAGCGUGAUGACGUGAGACGGGACACGGAGCGACAGACCGCUGCAGCAUCUCCACCUGUCUGUCUGAUUCUCCUGCAGCCUCUGGCCUCUCUCUCUCUCUCCACCUGUCUCUCUCUCUCCACCUGUCUCUCUCUCCCGCGCCGCCAUGGGGAACCGGGGCAUGGAGGACCUGAUCCCGCUGGUGAACCGGCUCCAGGACGCGUUCUCGUCCAUCGGGCAGAACUCGAGUCUCGACCUGCCGCAGAUCGCGGUGGUGGGCGGGCAGAGCGCCGGGAAGAGCUCGGUGCUGGAGAACUUCGUGGGCAGAGACUUCCUCCCUCGUGGUUCAGGUAUCGUGACUCGUCGCCCUCUGGUGCUUCAGCUCAUCAACUGUCCGACAGAGUAUGCAGAGUUCCUGCACUGCAAAGGGAAGAAGUUUGUCGACUUUGAUGAAGUCCGUCAGGAGAUCGAAGCUGAAACGGAUCGAAUCACCGGCCAGAACAAAGGAAUCAGUCCCAUCCCCAUUAACCUGAGGGUGUACUCCCCCAACGUACUGAACCUCACCCUGGUGGAUCUUCCCGGGAUGACAAAGGUCCCGGUUGGGGAUCAGCCGGCCGACAUCGAGAAUCAGAUCAAAGAGAUGCUCCUUCAGUUCGUCACCAAAGACAACUGCCUCCUUCUGUCCGUCUCUCCGGCCAACUCCGACCUCGCCAACUCGGACGCUCUGAAGAUCGCCAAGGAGGUCGACCCCCAAGGUCUCAGGACCAUCGGUGUGAUCACAAAACUGGACCUGAUGGAUGAAGGGACGGAUGCCAGAGACAUUCUGGAGAACAAACUGCUCCCACUGCGCAGAGGUUACAUCGGGGUGGUGAACCGCAGUCAGAAGGACAUCGAUGGGCGGAAAGACAUCACAGCAGCUCUGCAGGCUGAGAGGAAGUUCUUCCUGUCUCACCCAUCAUACCGACACCUGGCCGACCGCAUGGGCACCGGCUACCUGCAGAAGGUCCUCAACCAGCAACUGACCAACCAUAUCCGGGACACGUUGCCGGCGUUACGCAGCAAACUGCAGAGCCAGCUGCUGUCCAUCGAGAAGGAAGUGGAGGAGUACAAGAACUUCAGGCCGGACGACCCGGGACGCAAGACCAAGGCCCUGCUGCAGAUGGUGCAGCAGUUCGCGGUGGACUUUGAGAAGCGAAUUGAAGGAUCUGGAGAUCAGGUGGAAACAUACGAGCUGUCAGGAGGAGCGAAGAUCAACCGCAUCUUCCAUGAGCGCUUCCCCUUUGAGCUGGUCAAGUUGGAGAGUGAUGAGAAGACUCUUCGUAAAGAGAUAAGCUAUGCCAUCAAGAACAUCCACGGAAUCAGGACCGGUCUGUUUACUCCUGACAUGGCGUUUGAGACCAUCGUGAAGCGUCUCAUCGCUCAGAUCAAAGAGCCGUGUCAGAAAUGUGUCGACAUGGUGAUCAACGAGCUGGUGAACACCGUGAGACAGUGUACCCAGAAGCUGGCUCAGUUUCCGAUGCUCAGAGAGGAGAUGGAGAGAAUCGUUACUCAGCACAUAAGAGACCGAGAGAGUCGCACCAAAGGCCAGGUGAUGCUGCUGAUUGACAUCGAAUUGGCCUACAUGAACACAAACCAUGAAGACUUCCUCGGCUUUGCAAAUGCUCAGCAGAAGAGCAGUCAGAUGAGCAAGAAGAAAGCAGCAGGAAACCAGGAUGAGAUCAUGGUGAUCCGUAAAGGUUGGCUGACCAUCACCAACAUCAGCAUUAUGAAGGGAGGAGCUAAGGAGUACUGGUUCGUCCUGACAGCCGAGACGCUGUCCUGGUACAAAGAUGAUGAGGAGAAGGAUAAGAAGUAUAUGCUGCCUGUGGACAACCUGAAAUUCAAAGACAUCGAGAAGAGCUUCAUGUCCAGCAAAUGUGUCUUUGCCCUGUUCAACAUCGAACACAGGAACGUGUACAAAGACUCCCGUCAGCUGGAGCUGGCCAGCGAGUCUCAGGAGGAGGUGGACAGCUGGAAGGCUUCUUUCCUACGAGCUGGAGUGUACCCUGAACGCACCGUGGAUAAAGACAAGGGGGAGGUGGAGGAGUCCAGGGAGGACGGGCAGAUCCACAGUCUGGACCCUCAGCUAGAGCGACAGGUGGAGAUCGUCAGGAACCUGGUGGACUCGUACCUGUCAAUCAUCCAGAGGACCGUCAGGGACUUGAUCCCCAAGACCAUCAUGCACCUGAUGGUCAACAACACAAAGGAGUUCAUCCACUCUGACCUGCUGGCUCAGCUCUACUCCUGUGGAGACCAGAACACCCUGAUGGAGGAGUCCCAGGAACAGGCUCAGCACCGUGACGAGACCCUGAAGAUGUACUUGGCCCUGCGUGAAGGCCUCCAGCUCAUCGGUGACAUCAGCACGUCCACCAUCACCACGACGAUGCCGCCGCCGGUGGACGACUCGUGGCUGCAGGUCACGGGAAUGCCGUCGGGACGCAGGUCCCCCAUGUCCAGCCCGACCCCCCAGCGCCGGGCCCCCCCCGGCCCUCUGCGUCCGGGAGGGCGAGCGGCGCCCGGCCCUCCGUCUCGUCCUGCGGUGUCACCGGACCCCGGAGCCCCCAACAGACCCAACAGAGCGCCCCCCCCUGGAGUCCCCAGAAUCUCUAUCAGUGACCAGUGAGGAGUUCACCAAUGUCGUCCCAGUAGAGGUAGCCCCGCCCACGGAGAGAGCCCCCAGUCUUCUGUUGAGGGUUGAGUGGAACCCGGUGUGUUCUCUUCUGAAUGGUUCUACUGGUCUCUACUGGUCUCUACUGUUACUGUGAACUUUAAGAAUUAUAACUAUAUAGCAAAUGAUCAGCAAUAUCGAGUGGUUAUAUGUCAUAUGUGGUUCAGCUGUCUGCUGUCAAGAGAGUGAGACAGUUCAGCUGCAUGUCUGUCAUCUUAUCAACACAAUAGUGACAGAAACAUUCCUGAAGUACUGAUGAAGAGAUGUUGUAAUGUGAAGAGCUCUGACCCCUCUCAGGAUGUUCAGGCCGAACUGGGUUCCCGUUAGCUGGUCGCUGGCUAGCCAUUAGCUCGCCGUUAGCUAAUCGUUAGCUAGCCAUUAGCUCGCAUCAACUCUGAGUAUUUGUAGUUCUUCUUGUAGUUCUGCUUUUGUUUAGCUUGUAUAAGGCUGAAGUGUUGCAUUGUGGGACUUUUCUUUACAGUGUAAAGUUUACAUAUUAUUUUCACUUGUCAUUUAUUUUUACAAUUUGUGAUUUUAUUAUGUAAUAUAUAUGAAUCUAUUUAUUUAAUAAUAUGUUAAUGUUGCAUUAUUGAUCUUAGCUCACAUUUUAUCCUGAUAGUCCAGAAAUAAAUUCCUAGUGCUGCUAAUUGACCCAGAAAGCCCCCCUAACCCUCACAACCCUAAACCCCCAAUCCUAACCCCCAUAAGGCUACUAACCCCCUAAUCCUAAUCCUAACCCUAACAACCCUAACCCCCCUAAUCCUAAACCCUACUAACCCUAACCCCCCUAACCCUGGACCAGGAUAUAUUGAUCCUAACUGGUUGUAAUUAGUACUUACUGGUCAUAACUGGUUCUAACUGGUACCAAUCUGUCCUAACUUGUUCUAAUCCAAGUGGAUCCAGUUGUCUUUUUCUUUCUCCAACUCGUUCUCACUGAAUUUAAAUUGUUAUGACAAGUCCAAAGUGGUUUUACCCGGUACCAGUUGGUUCAUACUGGCUCUAACUUUUGGGGGGGUUUCCUGAUCCGAUGUGAGAUCAAAGGUCAGGGAUGUCUAUGUGUAUGGAUGGAAAAGCCAUACACAUUGUGAUGUUGGGCUAUACACAAUAAACUGAAUUGAACUGGUUUUGAAACCAAUUGACAAAUUUAUCAGCACAAUGCCAACAACUACCAUUUUAUAAUCACAAGUCAGUCUUGGGGGUCUGGUUUGUCAUUUAUUAUUCAAGAUUAAUUUUCUGGUUAGUUUUCUGAAAAGAUUAAUCAUCAACCAGCUGAAUCCUCUAUGUUCACCAGUUGGUCUCAAAUCACAGAAAUAGAAAACUCACAAAGGACUUCAGAAGAUAAAGUGUUCUAAAGGUUUUAAAUAAAACAACAAUGUAAAGCAAUAUUAAUGUAUCUGAUAAUUUGUUAUAUUCUUCAGAUGUGUUUUUUUCAGUGUAUUACAUGUUAAAGAAGCUAAACUGUAACUAUGUAUUGUACAUGUGUUGGUGCUGAUUCUGUUGAGUCCAGUUCUGAGCUGCGAUCUACAAAGCACACAUUUCACUGUGUUAGCUCGCUGUUAGCUGAGCAUUAUCACAUCGUUAGCUGAGCAUUAUCUCAUCGUUAGCUGAGCAUUAUCAUAUUGUUAGCUGAGCAUUAUCUCAUCGUUAGCUGAGCAUUAUCAUAUCGUUAGCUGAGCAUUAUCUCAUCGUUAGCUGAGCAUUAUCACAUCGUUAGCUGAGCAUUAUCUCAUCGUUAGCUGAGCAUUAUCACAUCGUUAGCUGAGCAUUAUCUCAUCGUUAGCUGAGCAUUAUCAUAUCGUUAGCUGAGCAUUAUCUCAUCGUUAGCUGAGCAUUAUCACAUCGUUAGCUGAGCAUUAUCUCAUCGUUAGCUGAGCAUUAUCACAUCGUUAGCUGAGCAUUAUCUCAUCGUUAGCUGAGCAUUAUCAUAUUGUUAGCUGAGCAUUAUCUCAUCGUUAGCUGAGCAUUAUCAUAUCGUUAGCUGAGCAUUAUCUCAUCGUUAGCUGAGCAUUAUCACAUCGUUAGCUGAGCAUUAUCUCAUCGUUAGCUGAGCAUUAUCUCAUCGUUAGCUGAGCAUUAUCUCAUCGUUAGCUAUGCAUUAUCACAUCGUUAGAUGAGCAUUAUCAUAUCGUUAGUUGAGCAUUAUCUCAUCGUGAGCUGAACAUUGGCUAAAUGUUAGCUAAUCAUUAGCAUUGUGUUAGCUGAUAGUUACCUGAGCAUUAGCAUGGUGUUAGCUGAAUGUUAGCAUGCUGAACGCAGCUCUUCACUGUGAUAUUAGAACUUCAAUGUUUGGUAUUAAUAUAUUAAUAUAUGUCAAUAAGAUAAGAAUAAUGUACCGUAUAUAUGUAUCGAUCUAUUCAACUGACAUGCAGCAGCCCAUAUGUGUGUGUGUGUGUGUAUAGGUGUCAUAUGAUCAGACUGUUGACAUGAAUAAAGUUUGUUUGAAUGA